AUGACUGAUUAUUACGAACCAACGUUUUUAUUUAGACAGAAUGCUAUUAAACGAUUUAGUCCUACUUUAUCACCAAUAUCCAGUGUUGAAAGUUUAUCUUUAAUUGAUUCAAAUUCAAUCAACCAUAAUUCCAGUAUAUAUUCUCAACCUUCCAAUUCUUUUUCUUCUUCUUCUUCUUCAUCAUGGUUAUUAAAUCCUUAUAAUGAUAAAGAUACUGCUAUAUUAAAUCAAUCAUGUUGUUUGAAUCGUACUAAUGUUAAAUCCAAUUACUGGAAAAUUCCUGAUGAAUCAAUGAAUUUAACAUCAAUGUCAAUUAAUAAAAAUAAAGGUGGGAAUCCAAUAUUAGCUAUAUCAUCAGGUAAAUGUGAAUCUAAUUUAUUUAUUUAUGAAUUGAAUUUAUUUAAUAAUCAUUUAAUUCAUCAUCAUACCAUUAGUUUACCUAAUAUAUAUGCUAUGAAAUGGAUUAAUAAUACUCGAUAUUUGGUUACUGGUAAUAAUAAAGGUUAUGCUCAUUUAGUAUCAACACCAAAAUUAGCCACUAAUGAUGUUUUCAAUAGAAAUAGUGAAGACAAUGACGAUUACGAGGAUGGGGAUGGGGAUGGAAAUGAUUCAGCAGAAAUUUGUAAACGAUUUAAUCAUAGGAAAUAUUUAAAACAAAAUCAAUUGGAAAACACAAUUUCUACACCAAUUAGACAUUUGAAUUUUUUAAAUAAUCAUGAAAAUUUAUUAUCAAUAUAUAAUGAUUAUUUAUUUUAUUGGGAUAUUAAAGGUUGUCAUCAACAAACAAGACCAUCACCAAUUUCAAUUUCAACAGUUUCUGGGAUUAAGAAUUUUGAUGUACUAGAAAACAACAACAACAACAACAAUAAUAAUACAUCUAAUACUGUUGCUAUUUGUGGAUUAUUUGGGGUUUCAUUAUUUGAUUUAAGAGAUUGCCAUUUCAAUAUACCAAACUAUGCUCAAACUCAAACUGAGAAACAACAAUCAUAUCGUAAAUUAUCGGCUAAUAUAGUUAAAUGGAAUCCUAUAAAUACAAAUAUAUUAGCAGCAGGUCAUGGUGAUGGAGUAGUAAGAUUAUGGGAUAUUAGAAAACAAGAUUCAUAUAUUGUUGAAUUAUAUGGUCAUAAUAAUUAUACUACUAGUAUGGAAUGGAAUAAUAAUAAUGAUUUAUUUACUGGUAGUAAAGAUGGUAAUAUAAUUCAUUGGGAUUUAUCAUCAAUUGAUUUCCAUGACCAGGACUAUAGCCAUGAUCACAACAAUAAUCAUAAAUCACCUAUAAUUUGUGGAUUAAAAGAAGGAUUUGAUAGUAUUGAAUUUAAUCCAAAAGCCAAUCAAUUACAAACUAAAUUAGAUCAACAUCAAUGUGGAACCAUAUUACCUGCUUCUAAUUCUUCAAUUGUUGCCAUGUGUUCUACUAAUACUGAUUUUAACGAAGAUAAUGAUGAAGAGAUUAAAAUAUUAUCAAUUGAUAGUUCUUCAUUCCUUGGUGUGCAUAAUAAAAUAUCUGAAUCAAUUAAUGUUAAUAUAAAUACUAAUAAAUUAUAUUAUACUGAAGAAGAUAUUCAAUUAUUAUUACAAAGUCAACUUACUAAUAAUAAUAAUAAUAAUGUUUCCACUAGUUCAAAUGAUACUUUAGUUACUACUAAUGGUAAUAAUGCAUCUCAAGAUAGUUUAGUGAAACCAUUGACUAUUUCAAGAAAACCAACCACCAAAAUCAAUAGUACUACUACUACUACUAUUACUACUACAAAACCAACUCAUAAUCGUACUACUUCUAUUGAUGAAAGUAUAGUGUCAGUGCAUAAUGUUUCUAAUAAUACAUUAGUCAAUAGUCCAACUAGAUCUAAUAUUUGUGAAAGUGAAGAUGAAUUUACUUUCAAUGUAAACAGUAUUACCAAUAAAGGUCAAAACCAAGGUCAAAAUAUCAGUGGUGGUUGCAAUAAUAGACAUUCAUCUUUUUCUAGUGUUUCAUCACAACAAACUCAAUUGAAUGAUUCAACAGAAUCAUUAUCUACAGUUGUAACUGAUAUUGAGAAUGAAAUCAAUCAUCAUGAACAGAAGUAUCUGUCGUUAUUAUUACCCAUCGAAGAUACAACCACCACAAUCACCAAGGAGAAUAAUAAUUCCGAUAUUGGUGUUAUUAAUACUGCUAUAAUUUCAACCUAA